AUGAGGGUCUUUGAAUUUCUUGCUGUGGGAGCGGCGUUGGGCCUUGCGAGCAAGGUGGAAAGAGUGGUGGAUCUGGGAUAUGCUAAGUACAAAGGGAGGAGUGUGGGUGAUGGGACGACGCAGUGGCUGGGUAUGCGGUAUGCGGCGCCGCCGCUGGGUGAGCUGCGGUUCAGGGCGCCCGUGGAUCCCCUUCCCUCCAAGCCGAAUACCAUCCAGGAUGCGUCGAAGCCCACUAAGAGGUUCACCGUCGGCGAGGAUUGUCUUUUCGUGAAUGUUUUUGCGCCGGAGGGAAAGAAGAAGGGACUGCCGGUGAUGUUUUUCAUCCAGGGCGGCGGGUUUACGAGUAAUUCGAAUGCGAAUGCUAAUGGAAGCGACCUUGCGAGGAUUGGUGACAUGGUUGUCGUGUCGAUCAACUAUCGGGUUGGACCGUAUGGGUUUUUAAUGGGUGAUGAGGUGGUGAAUGGGGGUGGGUCGACGAACAAUGGGAUCAGGGAUCAGCUCAAGGCGUUGGAGUGGACGAAGAAGCAUGUUAGCAAGUUUGGCGGUGAUCCGAAUCACAUCAUUCUGAAUGGCGCCUCUGCGGGUGCUACGUCGAUUGUGAUUUUGAUGGGUUCGCCUUCCGUAAAGGGUAGGAAGUUAUUCAAGGGCGUCAUCGCGGAAUCGACAGCUCUGGUUCAGUUGAAGACGCUCGAGGAAGGUCAGGUGCAAUAUGAUUGUCUGGCAAAGGCGGCCGGGUGCUCGGGGAACUCUUCCCUUGAGUGCCUGAGGAAAGCAAACACGACCGCAUUAUUAACAAAAGCCUGCAACUUCUCCCCAUCUUCCGACAAGGAUAUCCUUCCCUCCCCUCUCCUCAUGAACGCCGCCUACGCCGACACCCUUCGCAACACCCCUUCAAUCUUCGGCACCACUGCAGACGAAGGCACAGACUUUGCCCCCAACACCACGAACUCCACCGCCGAAUUCCGCGGCAUCUUGGCCUACAUCGCGCCCUUCCUCUCCUCCUCCGCGCUUGACGGCCUCGUCGAAAUGUACGCCUCAGGCCCCCAGCCAGCCUUCCCAAACGUAGGUAAUUACUGGCGCGCAACCAGCAACGCUUAUGGCGACAUCGCAUUCAAGUGCCCUACGCGCGCCUACGCUGGCCAAUCGUCGUGGGUGUAUGACUGGGUUGUCCCCGAUCCAGAGGACGAAGCGAGCGGCAGCGGGGCAUAUCACACUGUCGAAAAACACGCGAUAUGGGGUCCUAACAACACGGACGGGAAUCCGCCGAAGUCAUAUCGACCUGGUGGUGUGAAUGCGGGUGUUGUGCCGCUGAUGCAGGGGUAUGUGACGAGUUUCGUGAGGUGGUUGGAUCCGAACGUUGGGAGGGCGGAGGGGGCGCCGAGGUGGGAGAAGGCGAAGGAUGGGAAAACGUUGAGGAUUGGGGGUUAUAUAGGCAUGUCGUCCUCAUCAUCAUCAGAUAAACCCUCGGGUAGCAGACUUGUUGGUCUUAAGAAGUCGCUAUACGGAUCCAACGGUCCUUCAUCGAUAUCCUGGGACACUUGA